AUGGAAGCACUAGCGCAACUGCUCCUGACGCUUGGGCUAGCAGUUCUAGCCUUGUUUGCCUUUUUCCGAAGCACCACCGCCGAGCACUUACGCGGUGCUCCCACCCGACGCCGACGCUGGCGAAACAUUGUAGUCAGCGACCCUGCCAUCGUCCAGUUCACGCUGAUCGACCAUGCCGAUGCCUUCUCCAACCGCCCCGCCGCGUACUUCCCCAAGGCCAAGGGCUGGACCGGAGCCUACAGCAUAAACAGCGUGCCCCAUGGCCCAUUGUGGCGGGCGCUUCGGUGCAACCUCACCUCCGACAUCCUCCACCCCACGCGCCUCCACCCCCUCGCCGCACUCCAGCAGGAUGCCGCCGAGGCCCUCGUUGCCGACCUCUCCACCCGCACCCGGGGUGGUGGCGAAGUGGUUGUCCGGGACAGCCUCCACGCCUCCGUGUUCGCGCUGUCCGCGCGUUUCUGCUUUGGCGACGGCGUCGCCGGCGAGCACUGUGUGCGUGCCCUAGAGCGUGAGGUGCUGCAGUUCACACUGACCUUCGCGCAAGACAGUGCCUUGUUUGCAGUCUCAGGUAGGAUGACGAGGCUCCGACACUGGAGGCGGUGGCUACGCUGCUCCGGCACAUUAGGGCGCAUGUACAAGCUCGUCCACCCCAUCAUCGCUGCCCGGAAGCAGUCUCGACGUACUGGCAUCCGCUCUUACGUUGACUCACUCCUCGACCUCCAGAUCCCUGACAGCGAGAAUGGUGACGACGCCACCACGACAGGAAGCAAGCGCCGGCCGCUCACUGACAAGGAAAUAGUGAAGCUGGUGUUUGAAUUUCUUGGCGCUAACACCGAGUCGGUGGUGUCAUGUGUCGAGUGGACACUUGCCCACCUCGUCAUCGACCCGGAGGUCCAGAAGAAGCUGCACCGUGAGAUCACCGGCGGCAUCCAGCAGGACAAUGGCAUCGUCGUCUCCGAGGAGCGACUCCAUCGUCGUCUACCAUACCUGCGGGCAGUGAUGCUGGAGAGCCUCCGGCUACAUCCACCGGUGCCCAUUAUCGUGCGCGAUGUCAGUGCCAAGGACGCGGCGAUCGCCGGAACACCGCCGGCACCAGACGACGCCAAGCCAGCGGUCGUCAUAACGGACAUUCACAAGAUCGGGAGGAACAGCGAGGUAUGGACAGACCCUGACGAAUUCCGCCCAGAGAGGUUCCUCGCGGGUGGCGAGGCCGAGGGAGUGGGCCCCAUGCCAGGGCCCAAGGAGAUCAGGAUGGUGCCGUUCGGAGCCGGGCGAAGGUAUUGUCCGGGCGUAGACCUCGCCAUGGUUCGCGUAGGGUGCACCCUCACGGCACUCGUGCGCGACUUCGAUUGGGCAUUGCCGUCGGACGGCAAUAGCCUUGACCUCAACGAGUUCCGCACCUUCUUCUUGAUGAUGAAGACGCCACUUAGGGCACGUAUCACGCCACGCGCGUUGGCUGCUACGGCUACUGCUACUAUGUGA